UCCUUACCACUUUCGUUUUUUUUGUUUUCUUUCACACUCGCUCCAAUGAAGGCGGCACUUUUCGCUGCCGUGGCGGCAUUGUCGUCUUUUGUCUCCGCGGUUCCAAGUUACAAGGCGCACUACCACCAACAUGAGCGCCGAGAAGAGGGGUCCGUCUGGACGAAGCGCGACAGCGUCCCCUCGACCUUUACACUUCCCAUGCGUAUUGGCCUGGCGCAGAGCAAUCUGGAUCGCGGACAUGACUGGUUAAUGGAGGUCUCCGAUCCAACUUCAUCCAACUACGGUCGGUACUACUCCGCAGAGGAGAUCAACGAUCUCUUUGCUCCAUCCAGCGAGAGCGUGGAUGCGGUCCGCGCUUGGCUUGGAGAGGCUGGCAUCGAUGUUGGGCGUGUCUCGCAGUCGACCAACAAGCAAUGGCUUCAGUUCGAAGCACAAGUGCAGGAAGCGGAGCAGCUUCUCAAGACCCAAUACCACAUCUACGAAAACAGCCGGACGGGCAAGACCAGCGUUGGUUGCGAUGAGUACCAUGUCAAGGAAGAUGUUCGGCACCACAUAGAUUACAUCACCCCGGGCGUGAAGAUGCUCGAACUUCGCUCCAUGUCCGAAAGACGCCUGAGCCGUCGAAGUGGCUCCAAGUUCGGCGGACCCAUCAAGACCGCCGCACCGACACCCAUUCUCGCAGUCAGCAGUAGCCUCGAGUACUGCAAAGACUACAUCAGUCCCGCCUGCAUUUUCGCCAUGUACAAAAUCACGCAGUCCAAGACCGCCCACGCCGGCAACGAGCUGGGCAUCUUCGAAGAAUCGCCACAGUACCUAGACCAAGACGACAUGGAUCUGUACUUCUCCCACCUCGCGCCCCAAAUCCCGAACGGAACAUUCCCUACCGUCAACGCGAUCGACGGCGCCGUGAAUGUGAAUACGGAGUCGGCGGCUGGCACCGAAGCGCUGCUCGACUUCCAGAUUUCGUAUCCCAUCAUCUGGCCGCAGAAUUCGGUCCUGUUCCUCACCGACAGCGAGCAACAAGCCGAGUCCCAGCAUGCCGUCGGCAUGUUCAACACCUUCCUCGACGCCAUUGAUGGAUCGUACUGCAACUACACCGCGUUCGGCGAGAAGGGGGACAACAAGACAAUCGAUCCGACUUACCCCAGCCCGGGCUACGAACACCCGCUUCAAUGCGGAGCCUUCAAGCCGACCAACGUCAUCUCCCUCUCUUACGAGCUCGCAGAGUAUGCCGAGGGCACGCCGGCCAACUAUCAGAAGAGACAAUGUAACGAAUACAUGAAACUCGGCAUGCAAGGCGUCAGUCUCGUCUUCUCUUCCGGUGAUGAGGGCGUGGCAUCCAAAUGGGGCUGUGUUGGGCCGGAGAAUUCCGUCUUUAACCCCAACUUCCCUUCCAACUGUCCGUACGUGACGGCCGUCGGAGCAACGACGCUCACAGGUCGCGCGGCGAAAGAUCACGAGCGCGCCGUCACGCAGUUUCCGUCGGGCGGCGGCUUCUCCAACUACUUCCCGCGCCCAGCAUAUCAGGAGAAAGCGGUCGACGCCUACUUUGCCUCGUCGUCCGCACCCACCUUCCCGUCCUACUCUGGCCCCGUCUUUGGAAACGGUCACUACAACCGCUCCGGUCGCGGCUACCCCGACGUUUCCGCCAUCGGCCAGGCAGUGCUGAACUGGGGCCAGGGCGAGCCUUAUUUGGUGGGCGGCACGAGCGCCUCCGCGCCCACCUUUGCCGCCAUCCUGACGCGCAUCAACGAAGAGCGUCUGAGCGCGGGCAAGUCGACGGUCGGCUUUGUGAAUCCCGUCCUGGUGAGUCUACGAAACCAACAAAAAGACAUGCUGCGUUUGAACUCGUACUGAUACUUUGACGUUGCGUAGUAUCAAAACCCGCAGGCCUUCCACGACAUCACUGUCGGCAAUAACGUGGUUGAGGACUGUGGCAAGCUAGGGUUUGAGGCGGCGGUGGGAUGGGAUCCGUUGACUGGGCUCGGCACGCCGAACUACCCUGCUCUUCUGGAGGUUUUUAUGCAGGCUGGCAAUGCGGGAUACUAGGU